AACCAGUGCAGGAUGACUUCCCAAGUGUGCCAGAGUUACCACCAGGAAUGCGAAGCUAGCGUCAACCGGCAGAUCAACAUGGAGCUUUAUGCCUCCUAUGUCUACCUGUCCAUGUCUGCUUACUUUGAUCGGCAUGAUGUGGCGUUGAAGAACUUCGCCAAGUUUUUCCGGGAUCAGUCCCACGAGGGGCGGGAGCAUGUGCAGAAGCUGAUAAAAUUCCAGAACCAGUGUGGAGGACGCGUUAUUCUCCAGGACAUUUCGAAACCUGACCGAGACAAGUGGAGCAAUGGCCUCGAGGCUCUGCGGUGUGCCCUUCACCUGGAAAAGACCGUCAACCAGUCUCUCCUGGAGCUCCACAAACUUGCUGCCGACAAGAGUGACCCUCAUAUGUGCGACUUCUUGGAAACCCACUACUUGCAUGAGCAGGUCGAGGCCAUAAAGAAGCUUGGAGACAUGAUCACCAAUCUGUCUCGCAUGGGAGCACCCCACAACAUGGCGGGGUACCUGUUUGACAAGCAUACACUGGGCGAGAGCAGCUAA